AUGGAUUCUUACAACCUCGCCUGGAAACUAGUUCACGAGGUCCACGCCCUGUCUCCUGGGCUGCCAGAAGCUAGCGUUCUAAAAAUAUAUAAAUUCGAAUUCAUGACAGUUGCACGUAUGCUUAUCGAGUUUGACACCAAGUUUUCUUCGAUAUUUUCUGGACAGAUAGGCUCUGAUAGCUCUGUUGAGGGUCUGGCACACGAGUAA